AGAUAUUCCCGGAAAUUGCGUCUGAUCGUUCCUUUCGGGAAAAAAAGAUGGCAGCUGUUGACAUCGACAUGCCGAUGGAAACAGAAGCCCAGACCCCCUUUCAGGAGGACGUAGAGCGUCAGGCUGAGGGCUUCAAAGAGCAAGGAAAUGCAUUCUACAUCAAGAAAGAUUACUCCGAAGCUUUCAACUACUACACAAAGGCCAUCGAUGCAUGCCCCAAGAAUGCCAGUUACUAUAGCAACAGGGCAGCUACAUUGAUGAUGCUGUGUCGCUUUCGAGAGGCCCUGGAAGACUCCCAGCAGGCUGUGCGGCUGGAUGACUGCUUCAUGAAGGGGCAUCUGCGUGAGGGCAAGUGCCAUCUAUCUUUGGGUAACGCCAUGGCUGCUAGCCGCUGUUUCCAGAAGGUUCUGGAGCUGGAGCCCAGCAACAGCCAGGCCCAGCAGGAGCAUAAGAAUGCUGCAGCGGUCCAGGAAUAUGAGCGAAUGGCAGAAUUUGGCUUUGAAAAGCGGGAUUUCAGAAAGGUUGUGUACUGUAUGGACCGGGCUCUAGCUCUGGCCUCUGCCUGCCACCGCUUCAAAAUCCUGAAGGCAGAGUGUCUCGCUCUGCUGGGACGCUACCCAGAAGCCCAGUCUGUGGCAAGUGAUAUCCUGCGGAUGGAUCCCACCAAUGCAGAUGCACUGUAUGUCCAAGGCCUGUGUCUUUACUAUGAGGACUGUAUCGAUAAAGCCGUGCAGUUCUUUGUCCAGGCUCUGCGCAUGGCACCCGAUCAUGAGAAGGCCCGGUUAGCCUGCAGGAACGCUAAAGCCUUAAAAGCCAAGAAAGAGGAGGGAAACCAGGCGUUCAAGGACUGCAACUAUGAAGCUGCGUAUCAGCUGUACACAGAGGCUCUGAAAAUAGACCCCAACAACAUCAAGACCAAUGCUAAACUCUACUGCAACAGAGGCACAGUGGGAGCUAAGCUGAAGAAACUUGAUCAAGCCAUCGAGGACUGCACUAGUGCAGUCAAGCUGGAUGAAACUUACAUCAAGGCCUAUUUACGACGAGCCCAGUGUUACAUGGACUUGGAGCAGUAUGAAGAAGCUGUACGGGAUUACGAAACUGUUUACCAGACGGAAAAGACCAAAGAACACAAGCAUCUGCUGAAGAACGCCCAGCUGGAACUGAAGAAGAGCAAGAGGAAAGAUUACUACAAGGUGCUGGGAGUCGGAAAGAACGCCACUGAUGACGAGAUCAAGAAGGCCUACCGCAAACGGGCCCUCAUGCACCACCCAGACCGCCACAGUGCAGCGACUCCAGAAGUGCAGAAGGAGGAGGAGAAGAAGUUCAAGGAGGUGGGCGAGGCCUUCACUGUGCUGUCUGACCCCAAGAAGAAAGUCCGCUACGAUAACGGGCAUGACCUGGAGGAUGAUGGCGGCUUUGGUGGAGGAGAUUUUGAUGCCAACAACAUCUUCAGGGCCUUCUUCGGUGGCCAGGGUGGAGGAUUUAAUUUUGAAUCCAGUCCAAAUGCUGGGCCUGGAAAUUUCUUUUUCCAGUUUGGCUAAAGUGAAACAACGCACAGGAACAUUGCAGCCCUGCAAUGGACAGUAUUAAAUUGGACUCAAUCACCUCCUGAUUUGUCUCGCAAAAUCUUCCCGCACUAUACUUUGCAAAAAAUGUUUUUGGUAAUUGCAUUCACCUCCUGAAUUUACUUGUCACACUUAUACUAACAGGCAUUUGGCAGAAACAUGAACAAGGGCAAUUUAAUAAUGAAGGUAGCAUUAUCAGUGAAGAAUUGAGAAGUGUGGCUGAGCUUUUCUCAGAGCAUGAUCGUAUUCCCAAAAUUGAGAUACAAUGCAGAAUUGAAUCUAGACUUGUAAAACUGCCACUAUACCUUGAUAGAGGUGAUUAAAUACUAAGGAAUGCUUUGAAAAAAGAAUUACAGUUAAAUAUCAGGAAAAAUGUGUAAUAUGACCUUGUAAGAUGCUCUUGGGACAGACUGGCACUCUAUAGAGCUAAAAAUCAGUAAUGUCAAAAGUGACCUCAGGACAGCACUGCCCAGGUUUUAUAUGUCCAGGUUUUAUUGGCAUACCUGCAGACCGUGGGAUCAGUCUGCUGGGAUCUUUGUUUUUUCAUCUAGUCUCCAUGCUGCAUUGUACAGUUGACUGGAAUGUAAAGCGUUUAUUGUAUUCAUAAUUUUUUCCUUCAUUUUCCUUUAGAUCUAUUUAUAUUUAUUGUAUAUUCUAACUGUAAGCAAACUAAUGCCAGUGUUGAUGGUUAGUUUUGUUUUUUUAUUAUUCUAAUUAGUUGUAAAUGCACCCCACCCAUCCUUCUCCCUUUGAGUUUCAGUGGCUAUUUUUUUCAUUGAAACAGGCCAAAAUCAUAAUAGCUUUGCAAACCAUUUUGUUCUACAGCUGCUUAAAGCCAUUUAAAGGAAUAUCCACCUCCACUCGGUACAGACCAUGUUCCUAUCAAAUUACGUGGUGCCUUACCAGACUGAACUUAGCAAUUAGACAUACUUUUCUUACAGUGACACAUUGAUUCCACGACCCUACAACCAGCUCGCCUGCACUUGCAAAGGCAGAAACUAGUCUCGCUAAGCAUGUUUUUGUGCUUCUUUUCACAUCAGCCCAAUAGAGGCAAAUUAAUUUUGCAAGUGAAGACUUAAAUGUCCCUGAAUCCUUUUUCUUUUUUUUUCUUUUUUUUUUAAAUCCAGCCAAUCAUGUAGGACUUGAUUCAGAGUCUUGUAUCGUCACCAGUCACACCUUGCUGUCACGCUGCUCCUUGUCAUGCACGUUUGGUUAGUACCCUCCCCUCUUGUUACACCUGUCAAGGGUAAUGAGAUUGGAAAUGUCCCAUUGUCAUGGUCCUCUCACCGACCUGUGAAUCAUUUUGUUAAAAAAACAUGAAUGAACAAGAGACAUGCUUUUUUUUAUUGGAACAAUAAAGAUUUGUCCCGUACUGUAA